CUGUACUAGAACUGACACAACCGUGUAUUGGAAUCACAAAAAAUACCAAGGUCAUAACACCAUUCAUAAGCUGCACCAUUACACAUGUUUUAUCUGUGCUGAAAUGUCUGUUUGGUUUGGUUUUUGUUGGCGUCAUUAAAAAAAGACUUUAAAGAUCCCUUAGAAUACAUAGAAUGCAUAACAGCAAGUACAAUUGAAUGUCAAAUGUUACAGGAAGCAAGUGCAGAGUAGGGCUAAACAAAACAAAUCUAAAUGAGAUAUGAUUUGCAAUAUUUGAGGAAAAGAUCAUUUUUGCAUCAUUAUUCACAAUUUCAUUGAAAAAGUUGGUGAUUUUGAUAAGAUUUAAAUUAAUUGUUUAGCCCUAGUGCAAAGCAGCUACAACUGGACUAACGUAGUAAUGUGUCUAGUUUAUAGACGAGCUGCAGUUUUGAAUGAGCUGAAGUUUCUCAUUGGGGUUUUUCCGGGAGGCCAGUAAGAAUUACGUGCUGUGGUAUGUUCUUAAAGUAUUGCUUUGUUAUAAGCAAGUCGUGGCUUCUUUGUAUGUAUUACAGGCAACUUUGAGCAUAGUUUUUCUGCAGUUUCUCUCAGCUGCUUUAACACUUAUCGUUUAACAUGGGCAGAUUGUGUUACUGGCUUUUCCCUUGAGUGAAGCAACAGUAUUUUUAAAGCAGAUGACAUGGUAUUGUUGAAUAUCUUUCCAUAGCUGUUUAACUGAAAUGAUUAAUUACAAUAUUUGAGAACUUUGCUUUAGCCUAUCCAUUGAAGAUGGCCAUGUUGUCAAUUUAUCAGAGUAUUGGAAUAAUCAGGUUAGAUGAAAAUGAAAAGAGCCUCUGUGUGUGCCCUCUUUGAUUACUUACAUCCUGGUAUCGGGUGUAAAAUGAGCAAUAUUUGUUACGCCUCAGACACAGGAAAGGAAGACUCGUACGCACGACUCCGGACACAAUGGAAGUUAGCCAUGGCUGCACCUCUCCGUGCUGCCAUUGCUUUCACUGCAAUCAGUGAAAAUACAUUUCUAGAAAACGUACUAAGCUCAACUACAGCAUCCUUUACCGACAGCAUCCCUGUUAGCCCCUCCGACGAUUACUAUGACGACUAUACUGAAGGUAGCUUUGCGAGCUGCAAGUAUGAGCAUCAUGGGGCCACUUUUCUCCCCGCCCUCUACUCCAUUUUCUUCCUCUUGGGCCUUCUGGGCAACUCUCUGGUCAUCUGGGUCAUUACUUGUGGGGUGCGACUCCGCAGCAUGACCGACGUGUGCCUCCUAAACUUGGCUGUUGCUGACCUUCUCUUGGUGUGCACCUUUCCCUUCCUAGCCCACCAAGCCCGGGACCAGUGGCUGUUUGGGGAUCCUAUGUGCAAAGUUGUCCUGGGUAUUUAUCAUAUUGCUUUUUACUGUGGGAUCUUUUUCAUCAGUCUAAUGAGCAUCGACCGCUACUUGGCUAUAGUACACGCCGUUUAUGCUAUGAGAGCACGGACAAGGUCCUUUGGAAUGAUUGCGGCUGCUGUUACAUGGGUGGCUGGUUUUUUUGCUUCUUUCCCCGACAUGAUCUUUCUCAAGGAGCAACCUGGUGUUAAUAUGACUAAUUUCUGCUACCCUGAAUAUUCCCAAGCUGCUUCUAAAGACAACUCUCACUUCUGGAAGAUCUUCAGCAUUUUUAAAAUGAACAUCUUGGGUCUAUUUGCCCCAUUUGUUAUCAUGGGUUUCUGCUACUCACAGAUUGUCUGGAGGCUGCUGAACAUCCAGUCAUCCAAGAAACAGGCCAUCCGUUUAGUUCUCAUAGUGGUAGCUGUUUUUUUCUGCUGCUGGGUCCCCUACAACAUCGCAUCCUUCUUCAAAGCACUGGAGCUAUUGGACAUCUAUACAGAAUGCAAAAGCAGCAAAGCCAUCAGAUUGGCUUUAGAAGUCACAGAGGCCAUUGCUUACUCUCACAGCUGCCUCAACCCCAUCAUCUAUGUGUUUGUUGGGGAGAAGUUCAGGAGGCACCUGCUGAGGUUGAUAAACAGGACUCCCUGCAGGCUGUGUAAGAUGGUCAAGGCCUGCAUACCUCAGGACAGAAUGUCCGGAUCAGUCUACUCACAGACCACCAGCCUGGAUGAGAGGAGCAAUGCUGUGUAAUGUGUGCUCCUGUUAGUUCUAUCUGUAUCGUCAAUGGUCAUCUCCACAAUGAGGACAUUUCUUGUGAAGUCAAAAAAAGGCUUAUUGGCUAUUUUAGGACUUUAGUUCACUUUUCACUCAAAUCAAAAUCAAAUCAAAUUUAUUUGUAUAGCCCAAUAUCACAAAUUACACAUUUGUGCUUUACAGACUGUACAGGUUACGACACCCUCUGUCCUUAGACCCUCGCAUCGCACAAGGAAAAAC